AUGGAACGCCCCCACCGUCCUCCACCGCUCACGAUCCCCCCGCCAGUCCAAUCCCGAACCCGAAUCCGACGACCUCGACGACCUCGCCGUCCCAACGCCCGACAGGCGCGUCAGUUCAAGCUAUGGCUCCUCCGCGCCCAGAUCGCGAAUGACGUUGCCCACGUCGUCGGCGCCUCAAUACUGCUAUGGAUCAUGUCCUGGUUUCUCUACAAUGUGCCGCUCCCCAUUGCAAAUCGCACCGGCCCCGCCGCCGUCUCCCUCCUCGUGGUCCUCUCCAUCGACGUCCUGCUCGACGCCCGCUCCAUCGUCCACGCCCACGACGCCUGGCCCGGCUGGGCCCUGAUUCUCCGCCUCGUCGUCGGUGCCUCGGCCAUCAUCGUCUUCUGGGUCUACAUCGCCCUCGGCGAAGUCUUCGCCCCCGGCUUCACCUACUGGGGCAUGACCGACAUGCACGGGCGCGUGCUGGCCUACAUGUUCCUCUGGGGCAUCGGCCUCUGGGACCUGCUCUUCGUCGUGUUGUGCCGGCACUGGCUCGGGAAGGAGGUCAAGCGCUACGGGGGCCGGGCGCGACGGGCGAUCCGCGACAACCGCGAGGAGACCAUGUCGCCCGGCGUGAGCGCCCACCGGCUGGUCAGCCCGACGGCGGAAGAGCCGCCGAACCGCAUCGUCGCCAUCACGGACGUCGAGGCCGCGAGGCCCGUCAACGAGGACGCGGGCAGCGGCGGCGGGAGGGUGAGCCUGCCCCCGCGGAUGGGCACGAGGCGGGUCAAGAGCAGCAUAAGUGUGAGCGUGAACUCUGUCGUCACGAGCGGGACGGAAACGGGCAUGGGGACGGUGACGGGGGCCCGGACCGGGACCGGGACCGUCAUGAGGAGUGCGUCGCCGCCCCCGCGCGUCUUCAUAAGGCCAGCAUGA